CCCCCGCAGUCACACGUCACCAGACUCCAAAUCGCAUAGAAGAAGUCUUUAAACUGCUUCUGAGGAACCCACGAAUAUUAUUUUCACGCGUUUAUUGUUUUAUUAAGUGAAAUUAAAUCAUGGCGUCAACAAAAGAGAUUUUAGAGAUGGAUCUUUACGCUUUAUUGGGGAUCCAGUCGAGCGCUUCAGAGAAACAGAUCAAGAAAGCGUACCGACAGAAAGCACUGUCCUGUCAUCCUGAUAAAAACCCUGACAAUCCCAAAGCUGCGGAGCUCUUCCACCAGCUGUCUCAGGCUCUGGAGGUUUUGACAGACGCCGCUGCCAAGGCUGCUUACGACAAGGUCCGUGCCGCUAAAAAACAAGCCGAGGAGAGAAACCAGAAGCUAGAUGACAAGAGGAAGAAGAUUAAACUCGAUUUGGAGGCGCGUGAGCGACAGGCAGAUAAUGUGAAAGCAGAAGAGGUUCAGAUCACCCGCACAUUAGAAGAAGAGAUCGCCCGUCUCAGGGAGGAGGGAUCACGAGAACUACAGGAGCAACAGAGACUCGUACGAGAGCAGAUCCAGAGAGAGAAAGGCAUAAACACAGGCACAGACUCUUCAGCAGAACAUCAGGGUAACCGCGACGUGACUCCUAAAUUAAAGCUGAAGUGGAAGUGUAAAAAAGACGACGCCAGCAACGCCGGCUAUUCUCACGAAUGCCUUCAAAGCCUCUUCCAGAAGUAUGGAGACGUCUUGAACGUUCUGAUAUCCAGGAAGAAGAAAGGCAGUGCCGUGGUUGAGUUUGCAUCAGCAAAAGCAGCUGACCUGGCGUUUAAAAACGAGACCGGUCUGAGUGGAAACCCUCUGAAAAUCACAUGGCUGGAAGGACAGCCGGCUCCAGCGGCACACAUCGACUCCUUGACCGCACAACAGAGUGGUCUGCGCAGCGAGCGUGAUUACGAGAGCGUGGUGCUGAUGAGACUCAGACAGGCGGAAGAGAGGAAGAGGCUGAUCGAGGAGAUGAAGAGGCAGGAGGAAGAGGACGAGACGGCGUGACUCACAGCAUUUAAUCUGGAUCUUACAAUUAAACUCCCACUGAUCAAUAAAGCCUUCUGAGGAAUAUUUUAUAGUG